CCAUGGUUCCAUGCUCAAUCGCUGAGCCACACCGCCAGGCUAUACUGUUUUUUAAAAUCUAUAGAUAUGCUCACUUUAUCUUCCUGGAAUUAGAAUUUUGUUACAGAUUUAUUUAAUUUUAUCUGAUUUUACUUGCAUCUUAAAACAUCUUCAGAUAAUAUAAUUUAUUUGCAUAUUUGGCAGAACUACAUGCUUCUUCCUGAUUUUAACAGAACUUAAUCCAAGUGUUCAUCAAAUCAUAUGUUUCAAGUGUACAAUAUUAUAAUACAUCAUCUGUAGAUUGCAUUGUGUCCUCAUCACCCAAGCCACUCAAGGCAAGAUUUAAAAAACACGGCUUUGCGCAUGUGCCUGGGCUGCGGAGCACCAGUAACCGCAGGAGAUCGCUCCUAGCUGGGCUACUGCCUUGUUACGUCAGCGAGACCUGCAAAGUUCCUUACCAGCUCUUGGCUGAUUUCUGGGAGCUGAAUAUUAAAAGGGUGAAGGUGCAGUUAUUGAGCAGCUGUAUUUUCUUUUCUUUGCUAUUUUCACUCUUUAUUGUAAAGUCCCCAAGUAAAGGAUAGCGAGUCAGGCGCUUGAAGACACUAGCGGUGGAGGGGUGAGUCAGCGGGUGCGACAGGACGGGGAAUUGGCUCCUGGAAGAGUGGGUCCCCUCUCCCCUAGAGAGGAGGCGGCAGGGCUGCUCCUGGGACAGGAAUCCCGGCAGCUCCGCGUGGGGGCUCCAGGUGAGUGAGGGAGGGAGCGGGGCGCGGGCGUCCGGCUGGGCCGGGUGGAUGAAGGCAAAUGGCCUGGCCCCCGCGUGAGCGGAUCCCCCACUUUGCCAGUGCCUUUGGCAUUUUCCGCCUGCUCUGGCCUGUAUCCCCACCCGACCCUGUUUUCCUUCUAUAGUCUGGGAAGUUACCUCUUAGUUAAUAAGUGUGUUUUAAACCUCGUAUUUAGUACCCCGAGGUGUGUAUGCGGGGAAAGGGUUUCUGCUAUUGCUUGUUUUUAUUGCCACCUGUGAGCUCUUGAACUUGUGAUUUCACAGUAGCCUGUGUCUGGGGUCCUGCCUCAGCGCCCAAUCCCAGAAUCCUUAGAAGCCAAGAUGGGUCCCCACUCCUCUCACUCCUGCCUGAUUCCUGCGGUCGGCUUGCAGCUGUGGGAACCUGGGUUUCCUACGCUGACCCUGCCCCUCCCCCAACCCGCCCAGAAUAUCCAGGACAUCCUCUGUCCGCUGGUGUGCGGGCCGGAUUUUCACGCCUAAACAUUCGCAGUGACUGCCACUUGCAAAGCCUCUUCGGCAGACUGAAGCUCCCCCUGUCCCUUCAAACCUCCCCACUGGACCCCAGCAGCCCACCUGGGUGUGGCUCGAGGCUCGAGUCCUCCGGGACCUCUGACCCUGUGGAUUGGAAAGGAAUCCUGGACUGACCUCGGUCGCCUUCAGCCCUGGGGACCCAUCCGGCUUUGCUCGGGACCUGACUCUCAGGCCGACUCGGCUGGUGGACAAACCCACGCGCUCCGCACGCCCAAGUGUGAAUUCCUCCGGCACGAGCGUGCGCGGCACUGCGGUCCCCAGGACGCGGCGGCCCCUCUCCCCGCCCGCCCCUCCAGGUGGCUGCAAAGCGAUGGCAGCCGGUAGAUCCUCUGUUCCACUCGCUCAGUUUGGUGAGACACACGCGCCAGCUGCAGUGGCGCCUGGCGGGCUUCGGGGAUUUUAAUUUCGCCGUCAUCCGGCCGCCAGGAGCUGCAGUUUGGGAUUUAUUUGCUUCGGAUUUGAACCCCGCGGUCGCGCGGAGGAGCGAGCCAGGGCGGGCUCCCAGCGGCCGGGGCAUUGCGCGGAGCCCCUCCCGCGGGCCCUCUGUUGCCGCAGGGCCAGCCGCUCUGGUACCGCAGAGUCAGCCGGGCUCCCCGCCGGGUCCUCCUCGUGGAGCCCCGCACGACCUCGAUCCCUCGUGACCUCGACCCCCGUGCGCCUGGCUGACACCCCGCCUUUCUCUUCGCGCUCUUUCAGGAAGACGCCGGCUGACGACCCUGGGUCUUGGUGAACAGUUCGCAUCCACGUCCCCCGCCCGCGCGCCUAGAAGCUGGAUCUACAGCGGGCCAGCCACUCGGUGGGUAACUGCGGGCCGGCGGCAGGGUCCAGAUGUCAAAGGUCCCCACCUUUAAGAGUCGACGGCAGACCGCUGCUUGCUGGUGGGUUGUGGGGGAGACUGGCGCUGGAUUUGAGAAUCCCAACUGAUGUGCAGAAUGCUGAAUCUUCUCAUCAGGACGCAUCAGACAGAGCGGAAUAGAGGACUCGCAUAAUCCCGGGGCGGCAUUUUGCAACUUGUCUCCUCGAGCGUGGCGCCAAGCCUCCUGUAGGUAGGGAGGGGGGGUCUGGGUCCAAAGCAGCGGGUGGAGGGCGUCCUCGGACACCCCGCUCGCCCCGCCAUGUCGCCUUUCAUGCCCUGCCCCUUGGCGUGGCCUUCCGAGAGUUUCCAGGGCUGGCAGGGGUUGCUUCCCAUCGGCGCUCUCUCUGUCACCUCCGGCCAACCCCAGCGGGCAAGGCUCCCCCAAGCUCAGACCUUUUGACUCCCUGCUCCCUCGAUCCCGCCUCCGCCCCCGCCCCUGCCCGGGGGUGGCCGUGGAGAGCCGGACCUCGCCCGGCCGGCUAGGACCAUGGUGUUUCUCUCUGGAAAUGCCUCAGACAGCUCCAACUGCACUCACCCGCAGGCUCCGGUGAACAUUUCCAAGGCCAUUCUUCUCGGGGUGAUCUUAGGGAGCCUCAUCAUUUUCGGGGUCCUGGGGAACAUACUCGUGAUCCUCUCCGUGGCCUGCCACCGGCACCUGCACUCGGUCACGCACUACUACAUCGUCAACCUGGCGGUGGCCGACCUUCUGCUCACGUCCACCGUGCUGCCCUUCUCCGCUAUCUUCGAGAUCCUGGGCUACUGGGCCUUCGGCAGAGUCUUCUGCAGCAUCUGGGCGGCGGUGGACGUCCUGUGCUGCACCGCGUCCAUCCUGGGGCUCUGCAUCAUCUCCAUUGACCGCUACAUUGGCGUGAGCUACCCGCUGCGCUACCCCACCAUCGUCACCCAGAAGAGGGGACUCCUGGCUCUGCUCUGCGUCUGGGCGCUCUCCCUCGUCAUCUCGGUGGGGCCGCUGUUCGGCUGGAGGCAGCCGGCCCCGGAGGACGAGACCAUCUGCCAGAUCACCGAGGAGCCCGGCUACGUGCUCUUCUCGGCGCUGGGCUCCUUCUACGUGCCGCUCGCCAUCAUCCUGGUCAUGUACUGCCGGGUCUACGUGGUGGCCCGGCGGGAGAGCCGGGGCCUCAAGGCGGGACUCAAGACCGACAAGUCGGACUCGGAGCAGGUGACGCUCCGCAUCCAUCGGAAAAAUGCCCCGGUAGGAGGCAGGGGGAUGCCCAGCGCCAGGAACAAAGCGCACUUCUCUGUGAGACUCCUCAAGUUUUCUCGGGAGAAGAAAGCCGCCAAAACACUGGGCAUCGUGGUCGGCUGCUUCGUCCUCUGCUGGCUGCCUUUUUUCUUAGUGAUGCCCAUAGGGUCUUUCUUCCCUGACUUCAAGCCCUCUGAAACAGUUUUUAAAAUAGCAUUUUGGCUCGGAUACCUAAACAGCUGCAUCAACCCUAUUAUAUAUCCAUGCUCCAGUCAAGAGUUUAAAAAGGCCUUUCAGAAUGUCUUGAGAAUCCAGUGUCUCCGCAAAAAGCAGUCUUCCAAACGGGCCCUGGGAUACACCCUGCACCCGCCCAGCCACACCUCGGAGGGGCAGCACAAGGACCUGGUGCGCAUCCCCGUGAGCUCAGGAGAGACCUUCUAUAAGAUCUCCAAGACAGAUGGGGUCUGUGAAUGGAAGUUUUUCUCUUCCUUGCCUCGUGGAUCUGCCAAGAUUACAGUGUCCAAAGACCAAUCAGCCUGCACCACAGCCCGGGUGAGAAGUAAAAGCUUUUUGCAGGUCUGCUGCUGCAUGGGGCCCUCGACCCCCAGCCAUGGAGAGAACCAUCAAAUUCCAACCAUUAAGAUCCACACCAUCUCCCUCAGUGAAAACGGGGAGGAAGUCUAGAGGACAGGAAAGCGCUGGAAGAAGGGAGACAGCAUCAUCGCCUAGGGAACAGAAUGUGACUGGCCUGGAAAACAGGGAAAUGAGUGUGGGCUUCGAUUUACAAAGAACCAGCUCUACCAAAGUCUAAACUUGUAGAAAUGGAGACGUUGUGUCUGGAGUAAGAAUUUUUACUCUACAGAAGAAUAACAUUUGGGUCAUGUUGAUGCAUGAUGCUGUGUAUGUGAAAACCAUUGAUGUAAUUCAUUACAGGUCAUUCUGCCUUGAUUUUGAAGGGACAGACAACCAUUACAUGCAGCCUGGUGUAUGCCCACGGGGUGCUGUCCUUACCACCCAGCAAGGAGGGUGUCCAGCCCAGCCCCUUUCCUGCUACCCACUGUCAGGAGCCUGUAUGUCCACGUGGAUGUACUUGUUUAUCAAGCAUUCAUCUAAGACACAAAUCUAACAUAUUACUAUUGUCAAUGCUGGGACAACAGUGAUUUAAGGAGUAACUGUGAAUACAAAUUUUUUGAGAGUCAGCUCCCCCCUAUUGUGUCCCUCAAAUUCUAGCAUAUUCACAGAAGUAAAAAAACAAACAAACAAACAAAAAAACCAUGCUGCAAAACAAAAUCACCUUCUGCCAAGGGAAGCUGCCAUAACACACAGAGGGUCUUUCACUCAUUUAUCCAUCUGUGUUAUCAGUAAGGGCUCCAGGCACAGGUCCCGAGAGUGGAGGACAAUGAUGGACACAUGUUCUUCAUGACCAAGGCUCCUGUGGUCUGUGGAGAGCGCAGGCAAAUCAAUACUUAUAGCAGAGAGUGGUAAGUGUUGUCCCGUGGGAGUUUGGUGGAAGGCACCCACCAGCCUUGGAGUUAGCCUUCCCAAAAAUAGUGACCUCUGAGUCGGAUCCUGGAGGACAGAAUGGAGUGGGACAGAAGGAGCUGCUCCAAUCAAGGAAGGAGUGAACCUCAGGCAUGUGCUAGUUUUGCCACCUCCUCCAUUCUGUUGGGGCACGCGGAAGUCAGUCUUGCUUAAAUGGAUGGCCACUUGGCUUUGCAAACCUCAUCCCUCAAGUUCCCUUCAGACCAACCACACCUGCUUUCCUCCUCACUCUUUUGUUUUGUUUUGUUCUUUUCCAAUGAAGAAUCAAGGACGAGCCAAUAAAUGAUGAGUCCAGGGGUUUUUCUGACAAAGCUCCCAUGUUCAGCUUGGCUGAACACAGAAAAGUUUAUUUCUUUCUCAUCAUGCAAAAAACAUUUGCUUCAACAAAAAAUGGCUCACUCAUAAGAACAAACAAAUGUUUUGGAAGUCUUAAUACGCAAAUUUUAUGUGCUACUAUUUAACGUUUUUAAAAAUUGAGAAAUUGUUUUUUAGUGAGAAAACAUUGUGCAGUAAGCUUUAAGAGAAAGAGUAUUUUCCCUACAAAAAAUCUAGAAAGUAAUUGUAUCAUUCCAGUACCCCAAAGGCUGGCUGGCUCGUCGUCCAUCGCUGAAGGGUCAGUAUCUUUGCUGUCAGAGCGAAGGGUGCCUAUCACAGCUCCAAUGCAGCAGAGGUGGUGGGAGAAACGGAAACAAAAGUGAGGGCCUUGGAGUUGCUCCUUUACAAUCAACUAGCAGUUAGGAAGGAUGUGGCUUUCUGGGGCUAAUAAAAACAAAUUUGGAGGCUUGUUUUGUCUUUGAAAUUAAAACUGUAUUUUAGUAAAUGCAGUUGAUGCCAUUUAAACAUAAACCCUGUGCCAUUUCCUGGCUUACUGCAGCUUUUCUGUUCUCUCACCAUUAGAUCUGUUCAAAAUAGGAACGUGGCAUUUCCAUGUUUCCAGAAAAGCCAAUGUGAGCUGACUGGCCACAUUUGCUGUUAUGGUUUUCCUAGAACCCUUAUGAUUGUUGUGACAAAUAAGAUCCUUGUAACGUACAAUUUCUAACUAUACCGUGUUUGUGAUCUAUGCCCUCCUCCAGGUUUUGGUAUUUGGUCAAUUGAGUUGAUCUUACCCCGUUCCUUCCAUGUUACAGAGUUUAACUGUAUCAUGCUGAGAGUUUGGUGUGUGCUCUAUGCUGAAAGAAGAAUAUUCUCCUGAGUCAGAUAAAUAUGUUCAUGUGAGAGAAUUGCUAUACUUGAAUUUGCUGCAGCAUUUUGUAUUGACGCAUAUAUAUGACACCCAGGCUGACUCAAUGGCUUCUAAAGCAUUUAAUGUCUCUUAAAUGGACUCAAUAUCCUUGGAAUGUGCUGUUUAAAUAUUUCUGAAUUUUCUACAUGCCAUUUUUACAGGUCCAUUUGUUUAUGAUGUGAUGUGGUAAAGAAUCAAUCACUUUCGUUGUGUGUGUGUCUGAAGAAAAUAAAUGUAUAUAUUACUAAGAAGAAGAAUAAAUUAUUGAAAAAUAUACUUGAUGGAUCAUGCAGCCCACUGUUGAAAAGGAAUUUAUUUUAUUUCUUUAAUAAAGUGAUUGUUCAAAUUAUAAGCAUUUAUAUUGUCCUUCUAAAUAUGGAUGCCAUAAUAUUUAAGUGUUGUUCAAUCUUGAUGUAUGUUCAACAUUGAUAUAUGUUCA